AUGUCGAUGGAGGGAGACAACAAGCGCGCGACCACCAUCAUCAACUACGAGUCGCUGGCCCGCGACCAGGUCAAGAAGGAGGUCGACGGCUACAUCAAGCUGUUUACCGCCGAGGAUGCCAGCGUGGAGGAGCGCAAGGCCAAGUACGAGACCCUCGUCAACUCCUUCUACGAUCUCGUGACCAACUUCUACGAGUACGGCUGGGGUCAGUCGUUCCACUUCGCGCCGCGUCAUCGCUUUGAGUCCUUCGAGGCCUCGAUCGCCCGCCACGAGAUGUACCUGGCCCACCGCCUUCAUCUCGAGAAGGGCCAGGUGGCGCUCGACGUCGGCUGCGGCGUGGGCGGACCCGCGCGCUGCAUCGCCCGCUUCUCCGAGGCUAACAUCGUCGGACUCAACAACAACGAUUACCAGAUCGGCCGUGCCAAGCUCCUCACCAAGGAGGCCCGCCUCGAGCACCUCAUCAACUACAUGAAGGCCGACUUCAUGCACAUCCCCGCUGAGGACAACACCUACGAUGCGGUGUACUCGGUGGAGGCCACCUGCCACGCUCCCGACAAGGUGGGCGUCUACUCGGAGCUCUUCCGAGUCCUCAAGCCCGGCGGCCUCUACGCCACCUACGAGUGGGUCGUCACUGAGUCGUUCGACGAGAACGACCCCGACCACGUCAAGAUCAAGAAGGGUAUUGAGAUCGGCAACGGUCUGCCCGAACUCGAGAAGCCAUCGCAGAUCGCCGACGCCCUCAAGCAGGCCGGCUUCGAGAUCAUCGACAACGUCGACGUCGCCAAGAACGCCGACGCCGAGACGCCCUGGUAUCUGUCGCUCUCCGGCUCCUUCUCCCUCACUGGCUUCAAGCACACCCGCAUUGGCCGCAGCGUCACCCACAUGGCUGUGUCGACGCUCGAGUACCUCAAGAUCGCCCCCGAGGGCACCACCAGGGUGUCCCAGAUGCUCUGCGAGACCGCCGACGACCUGGUCGAGGGUGGCAAGAAGGACGUCUUCACGCCCAUGCACUUCUUCCUCGCCAGGAAGCCCCUCGCCAAGGACGAGUAA